AUGUCGCUGGGCGUCAAUCUCUCCUCGCCGGCUAUCAGUCAGGCCUACAAGCAAGUCCUCGACGGAGAGAGAGACUAUCUCGUCCUCACCUACGAGAAGAACUCCAACGACUUGCGCGUGCAGGUCUGCGAGAAGGGAGACCUCGACUACUUGCAGGAGGAGUUCAGCGAUGGACGCAUUCAAUAUGCCUAUGCGAGAGUCAAGGAUCCCAAUACUCAGCUCCCCAAAUUCGUCUUGAUCAACUGGUGUGGAGAGGGUGUACCGGAGAACAAGAAAGGACUCUUCGCAUCUCACUCCGCAACGGUGGCCAAGGUUCUUUCUGGCUACCACGUCUCUAUUCAAGCACGCGGAGAGGGCGAUGUCGAGCCCGCCGUCAUCAUCAAACGCAUUACCGACUCGUCAGGCUCAAAGUACUCUGCGGCAGGCGACGCAGCCAACACGCAGCGCGGCGGGCCCAUCACUGCCGUUGGUAGCAGCUACAAGCCCAUUGGCACACCAGACAUCAAGGGUCUCCAGUCAGCCGCCAAGUCUAAGCCAGACCCAAUCGCCCCAGUCGGAUCCUCGUACACGCCAGCGCGUAAUGAGCUCGCAAAUAUCCGCGCAGCGCCUGCUGCUUCGGCGCCUCCGCCGGCUCCUCGACCGAUGGGCGCGCCUACCGUCAAUGCCCCCAAGGCCGCGCCAGCGCCGGCGCCUGCCCCGCCUGCUCCUGCUCCAGCUAGCCCCCCAGCUCCCCCAGCGCCCACGCCCGCGGCAGGCGCCGCUCCCGCCUCGAAGCCCGUAGACGACGAUGAUCGCAUCAAGCCAGUUGGGACAGCGUACCAGCCUGUCAAGCUCGCCAAGCCAGGCAAGCUUGGAGACCGCAUGGCUAUGUUCAGCCAGGCCCCAACGUCAGCCGACACGCCCCCUGCUGGCAGUCGUGUGCCCAGCUCUGGCGGCGGCCCCGGAAAGCUGACCUGGUCGCAAAGGCAAGAGCAGGCAAAGAAGGAGAGGGAAGCGGAGGAACAGAGAUCCAGGGAUGCGAUUGCUGCGGGGCCAGCGCCAACGAUUCGUGGUCCUUCAGCGACACCCGCUGCCCCUGCUGCUCCGCCAGCGCCAGCCGCUCCUCCUGCUCCCGCCGCUCCUCCAGCCCCGCCUGCGCCUGCUUCCGUAGGCGCUGUAGCCAAUGAUCUGGCUGCCACUCAUCUCGACGAGGCCACCACCGAGGCUCGCAGCCCACCGGCUGCCUCUGACGCUGCUGCAGGCGGUCAUGCCGGCGGCCAAAGCGCAACGGUCAUCUACGCAUAUGAUGCUGCAGAGGACAAUGAGAUCACCCUAGUUGAAGGCGAGAUCGUCACUGGGAUUCAACAGCUGGACGAAGGCUGGUGGUCAGGUAUCGAUGCGCGUGGGCAGGAGGGCCUCUUCCCUGCGCAAUACGUCGAGCUCUUGCCGGCUGAGGCACCCGCAAGUGCGCAGGAGGAGGAGGCUGUGCCGGCCCCGCCACCUCCGCCGCCCCCACCGGCUGCACCUGCGGCACCUGUCGAGCCGGAGCCAGAGGCAGAGAUUCCUCCCCCGCCACCACCGCCGCCGCCUCCGUCGGCCCCUGCUGCUGCUGCCCCUGCGGUCGAAGAAGAGGAAGCACCCCCAGCUCCACCCCCGCCUCCUCCCCCGCCGGCGGCACCAGCAGCACCGGCAGCUCCUCCCGCCCCUGCGGCCCCUGCAGAGCCCAGCGGCCCCUACGCCGUCGCUCUGUACGACUAUGCCGCUGCAGAGGAGAACGAGCUCACGUUCGAGGAGGGAGACAAGAUUGUCGACCUAGAGUACCCGAGCGAUGAGUGGUGGUCGGGGGUGAAUGAGCGUACGGGCGAUCAGGGUCUAUUCCCAGCGAACUAUAUUGAG